AUUUAAAAGGCGAAACUCGAAUCUUAUAUACGUAACAAUAUUUUGAUAUAUUUAAUGUUAAUUUAAAUGUUUUUUAUUUAUAAUUUAUGGUAACCUUUUUAAAGUUUAAAAAUGAAUUUGAAUGUUAAUGGAAUUAGUAAUGAUGCCAUUAUAAAUUAUUUUGAUACUAUAAUUCAGCAAGAAAGUCUUAAAUUAAAAAAAGACAAAGAAAACUUACGAAUAAAUAAGAAUGAAAGCAAAGAAAUAAUGAAUGAAAAUAAUAACUCUCAAGUUUCAUACUCUCAAAAUUCCCAUCAAUCCUACUUACCAAAAACAAAUAACUUACGAGAAAGAGAUGUUGAAAUUGAACGUCUAGCAAAUUUAUUCACUCAAUCACCUAGUUAUUUCAAUUCAUAUAAUAAUAAUAAUAACAAUAUUGAUUUUAAACACAAUGAAGAACUAUUAAAGAAAACACCUGUUCUUACUCACAAUAAUUCAAAUGUAUUAAAAAAUCAGAUCACUAAAAAUUUAUCAAACAUUGAAAGUCAAGAAUAUAUCUUCUCUAUUGCUCCCGAAAUAAGGAAAAAUGUGCGAUUUGGAGAAUUUUCUCCACAUAAUCCAGCUAAUCAAAUAAAUGCAAAACCAUUUUUAGGAAUUGGAGAAUAUGAUAACAAAAGAAAACAAUUGUUUGAACAAUCGAAAAACGAAUAUAUAGAAUACUUAGCUAAUGCUAAGCAGAAUAAAUCUACUAUAAAAUUGCCACAAAGCCAACCGUUUUCUUGUGAAAAAACUGUUAAAGCUACAAUGGAAGAAGAUAAAAGAUCUGAAAAAAUAGAUGAGUAUAACAAAACAAUUGAUGAUUUAACAGAAUUAACAAAACGAGCACCAUUUAUUGAUGGUUCUGAAUCAUGCAUUAUAACUGAAGAUGAACUCAUUAAAUCAAACAAAACCAAACAAGAAAUAUACAGACUAGAACUUGAUAAGCAAAUAGAGGAAAAAAAAAUGUUGGAACAAGCAAAAUUACAAAAACAAAUAAUGGAAGAUGCGGCAAUUGAAAAAGAAGCAAGAGAAAGAGAUGAAAAAUUAAAAAAAGAGUAUGAAAGAGAAAUGCAAGAAAGAGCAUUAUUUCAAAUUCAUAAAAGAAUGGUUCAAGAAAAAUUAAAAGAUGAUUUAUUAGAAAAACAAAAAUCAUGUGAAAAUAAAAAUAUUAAUUUUUCAAAACCAGUAGAAUUUAAUGAAAAAGACUGCAUAAAUACAUAUUCUUCGGAUUACAACAAUAAGCAGUUUGAAUAUUUACAUCAAAAUUCAUUUGAUGAAGUGCCUUUACCAACUACCCGCAAUUUACCACUGAGAAAAGUGAUAUACAAAGAUACUGAUGCAAAAUUUGUAGAAUUGUUUCAAAGUGAUAAUAUUUCUGUAAAUAAAAAAGAUACUAUUGAAAACUCAUGCAUAAAUCAGAAUAGAAGUCCUCCUUUAGUAAGACCUAGAAUGAGAGUUGGUAAAAAUGCCAUACGACUACCAAAAGAACCCCCAUCUUAUAUCACAAUGGCUAAAAACAAACCAUCACAUGUCUCAUUUGCAGAUGACACAUUGUUAAACAACAAUUUUAGUUGUUAUAGUCCUAAAAACUGCAAUCCUAAUGCUUUAUUAUCAUCAAAACAAUCUUUAAUUAUUGACUCACCACACACUCUUGCACUAGCUGGAACAGAAGAUGUCAAAGAAAAUAAGUGUACUUCAUCUGAACUUGAUGAAGCAACAAUUAAAUAUCCGGUAUCAGAAUCAAUAGAAGUAGAAUCUAUUAACAAAUUUAGUGAUAAUGAUUUACUGUAUAACUUAGAAGACAUAAGAAGACAAAUGAAAAUAGAUCAUCUAAAUAUGGAAAAAAAACUUAAAAUGAUAAAUUAAUUGAACCAAAUUGAUUAGCAAAAAAUAUGUAUUGUUUUUAGUAUAAAAUGGCACUUUUUUACUUAUUAAAAUGAUUAGUAUUAUUAAAUUUUAAUUAUGUUUAGUAUAUUUAUAUUUUUUUAACACUUGAAAUUAUUAUACUUCAAUGAUUUUACUACUCAGU